AUGUCUGUACUAUUACAGGAUGCUCAGUCCAAGCUUCGUGGUAUUAUCGACGAGUACACGACUGGAGGCACCGAGAGCAAGAUCCCAGGCCUCGUCUACUCCUCGUUCAGAAAUGACGGCGAACCAAUCUUUCAGCAUUACUCUGGCUUGCGGGGGGUCACCUCAGAAAGCCCCAUGUCAGAAGAUACUAUCUUCUUCAUGGCAUCUUUCACCAAAUUGGCAACAUCCGUCGCGUGCAUGCAACUCGUUGAGCAAGGGAAGUUGCGCUUAGAUGAUGCUGAUCAAGUCGAAGCCAUCUGCCCUAAGCUACGGGACGUCAAGGUAUUGACUCGAAGAAAAGACGGCAAACUUGAGCUUGCUGAGAAGGUUAGGAGAAUCACUCUUCGAAUGCUUAUCACUCACACAGCUGGUUUCGGCUAUGCCUUUGAGGAUGAGAAGCUGGCAGAGUUCAGUCGCCCAAUUGGUUUCGAUGACUUCUCUGGAGAAGCAAUUGACACAGCAAAUCUACCUCUGGUGAAUCAGCCUGGUGAGACGUUUCAGUAUGGCGUCUCGAUGGACUGGGUUGGCGUGAUGAUCGAACGAACGUACAACAAGUCACUGGAGGAUGUCUUUAAAGAGCACAUCUUCAGGCCACUGGGCAUGGACCAUGUCACUUUCCAUCCAUCGGCGGAAGAUAAGUCAAACCUGGCUUAUAUGCAUCGCAGAAGCCCAAGUGGCAAGUUGAGUACUACAGAUCACUUUUAUCGACGUCCACUUCUUGCUCAGGAUGGAGAGAAGGUUCCAUGA